AUGUCCACCACGCCCAAAGGUGUCACUACGUAUGGUAAUCGGCAAAAGGUUCAGCUCGCUCGGCGUAUAUCACCCAGCUCGGACGCCCGUCCGGUCGGUUCCACCUCUUCCUUCGCGCGCACAGAGACUUCCUCUCAAAGCAGCAGCGAGCUCUCAUCGGCGGGCCAAUCGCCCGACAAGCGGCGUCGCUUGACUCCCCCGGAGAGCGUCAGCGAGGUGGAGAAUGGGGUGACUGACGAGGACGGGGAAAGGGAGAUGGACCUCGAUGUCGACGCCGGACCGAGCGGGAAUGAAGACGAUCAUCAGGCGGGAGCGCCGAAUGGGCACCUGAAUGGGGAUCAGAGUGAGGGGGAGGGAGAGGAUCUGGCAGAGGAGGAAGAAUGCGAGUGGAGCGACCUGGACGAUGGCGGUGAGGACGGCAAGAGAAAUGGAGGGCAGAGACCGAUAUUACAUGUCGAGAUCCGCCGUAUGCCGAUUCGACAAGGUCGGGUACUCAAUAAACUCAUUCAGGGCAUCGUACAAGGGUUCCUCAAUUCUUCAGAGGACGUCCAGCGAAUCGGGUCGGAGGUGGAUCUGGAGGCAUGGGGCAACGAGACGCUCAUCCGGAAUAUCGAUAGGCUGUAUCUGGCCGAGACAGAACCACCAUCGGAGACUGUCAUCCCGAGCAAAGCCAACAUUCGGUAUCAUUUUUACGAGCCAUCAGGGAUCACCGAUUUAGAGCAGUUUACAGCUGUAACUGAGGACGACGAUGCGGACGAGGCAGUUCCCGCUGCUAGUGUGCGGGAAUUGCCCUCGAUGGAGCUGGAGGGGAUAUGGGAAAAUCUGAUCUAUACGUCAGAUCUGAAGCCGAAGCUGUUGAGAUACAUCAACUCGACUAUGGCGUUCUCAGAUGCCCGAGUGGAUUUCAACAAGGUGUCGUGGAAUCGGCUUGUAUUACUGCAUGGUCCACCAGGUACAGGAAAGACGAGUCUGUGUCGAGCCUUGGCACAGAAACUGCUGGUCAGGAUGGGUGAUACAUACCGGACAGGCAAGCUUGUCGAGAUCAACUCGCACUCGCUCUUCUCGAAAUGGUUCUCGGAAUCAGGAAAGCUGGUGCAGAAGUUGUUCUCGAGAGUAGGGGAGAUGGUGGAGGAUCAGAGGUGCUUGGUGGUUGUCAUGAUUGAUGAGGUGGAAAGUCUGACGGCUGCGAGGAGUGCAGCUAUCAACGGCUCGGAGCCCAGUGAUGCUUUACGUGUAGUCAAUGCGCUCCUCACCCAGCUCGACAAGCUCAAGACCCGCCAAAACGUUCUCGUGCUCACCACCUCCAACAUCCCGGAUACGAUCGAUUCUGCAUUUAUCGACCGAGCGGACGAAAAGUUCUUUGUCGACUACCCGCCGCCUGAGGCUGUCUACUGGAUCCUCAAGGGGUGUCUGGAGGAGCUGGACGAGAAGGGAAUGAUGCGGCCUUGUGGGGUUUCGUCCGUCCUCCAGGCGAAGCAUGCGCGAUGGAUGCGGGGGCAAGUGGCGAAGGUCGGUCCGGUUGAUCUGACGAGGCGACUCAAGGGGAAGGAGAGGGAGUUGGAGGCGGGGGUGGCGCUUUGGGAUAUCGCUGUGACUUGCCAUGACGCCAACCUCGCCGGCCGUUUCCUUCGUCGUCUCCCCCUCCUCGCGCACUCGCACUACCUCAUGGUGACUACCAAGACGGACGAUGAUGGGCGUGCUAUCCCGCGCACGAUUGAGAGGUGGCUCGAGGCGUUUAGGAAGGUCGUGAGGGAUGAGAUUGGGGAGAGGGCAAGGAUUGGGAAGAAGACGCAUACGACGCUGGCGAAGGUGGAAGGGGAUCGAAGGGAGGGGAGCGCCGGAGGGGAGGGCCGAUGA